UAAGAGAGAUGACAAUGAUACGCCGAUUUUGCUGCAACAAUCUCCUUCGUUUCACUUCCGUCAAUCUUGACCAUUUAACCAAAACCUUUAAUAUGUCAUUCUACUUGAUGUAUUUAGCUCGUUGGCCCGAUUAUUUUCAAGUAGCUGAAGGCCCUGGAAAACGAAUAAUGGUUUACAUUAUGGGGAAAGUUGAGGGACAAGGUGAGUCUUGGCAUGGCCAUGUAACGGCAGUCAUUGUUUCCCCUGAAUAUCGUAGGCAGCAGCUUGCUAAGAAACUGAUGAACCUUCUUGAAGAAAUCAGUGAUAAGAUUCAUCAAUAAGUAGUCUUUUGGCAG